UAAGAUGUGUUAAAGGAGCCGGAGGAGUGGUCAAGGAUUUAUCAAGUGCGAAAGUCGAACAAAAAGUCGCAACAGCCCGGACCUGGCUUACAAAACUUGCUUUGGAGAGCGGAAUAAAAGCAUAGUCUGCCGGCCUCAUUCCGUUUUCGGUGUGAUUUUGAUAUUGCCCACACCUGUUACUUGCCCCAGGUUUCAGAACAUGGUCAGGAAAAGGAUGUGAUGCGGUGUGUGAUCUGCACCCGAUAUGAUGGGGCUGCAAGCUUUUUUCCUUGCUUGCUAUUGUGUGUUACAAGUUUAUGGUGCUCUACUACCUCCAGAGAACCUAAAAAUCUCCUCUGAAAAUUUCAAGCACAUCCUGACCUGGGAAGAUGCCAGCAAAGAGUCCCCCAUCUACUACCGCGUGGAGUAUUCAGAACUUUACCAUAAUUCAUAUAAGACUGCAAAAGAUUGCGCCAAUGUCACCAUCCGGCACUGUGACCUGACUAAGGACUUCACAGAUAUCUUUAAGCUUUACAAAGUAAGAGUCAGAAGUUUUACAGAACAGGACUCCUCAUUUUCUGGCACCAGUGUGACCAUGACACCAUCAGAAGACACCGUACUGGGUCCAGCUCGAGUAGAUGUUGUUGCAUGCGAACGCUGCAUCAAUGUGUCCGUCCAGCCUCCAGUCUCUCAUUUAUGGAGUGAAGACGAGCAGCAGUAUGUAAGCAUGGUUAGUAAAGAUGGCUUUGGACGUAUGGAAUGCCGUAUUGAGGUGACGGUCAUGAAUGAGGUCAUACGCACCGAAAAUACAGAUCUCAGGGAGAAGAAUUAUCUGGUUAUCCCCAACCUGCUGCCAAAUACCAACUACUGUGUCUCUGUGACUAUCGUAUCGAAGUCUUUUCUAAACAACAAGCCUUCAAUUCCAUCCGAAGUGAAAUGUGUCGUCACAGAAUACCGUGAGAACGGGAGGAGCACUAUGGUCUAUAUCAUUAUGUCGGUGGUCUGCGGAGUCCUGCUCUUGAUCAGUAUAGUCCUUGUCUUAACAGGACUGGACAUUGCUGGAUAUAUCUGCCGGGCGAGGACCUUAAUCCCAAAAGUUUUGAAAUCCAUACCAACUUCUGACAGCCUCUUCAUUGACUCUAGUGAAUUUACCUCUCCAACAUUUUCUUUUCCUGUGGAAAUAAUAAGUAAAAAUUUUGAGGUGAAAGAUAACACAGAAUGUGAGGUUAAGAACUGUGAAGGAGGCUAUGCAAACAGGAAAAAACUUGUGGACAGUGACACAAGCGGCACAACCACCACAAGUGGAGAACUUCCUUCAGCCGUCUCAUCCUCCGUAGGGUCAAGCGGACAGACCGACGGUUCUGCUGAGGAGGACAUCUCUGCGGGAAGUCUAGGAAAUAUUUUGCCCACUGUUGUAUCCUUUACCCCUGUGCCAGUCAGCGCCACAGAGGACUCUUCAAACCUCCCGUUCAAUGCGGGUGGGGUCUUCAACGUAAAUCUGAACACUGUUUCCAUAGCAGAUCCUGUGGAUGUCUGGAAAGGCUUCAGACUGGUGGAGGUUCCCCAGGAGGAGGCAAAAGACUUGAUGGAGUCAGAGGAAGCUGAAAUUUCAUCAGAACCUCACAAUAGCAUCUGUAUAGAGGUUGAUGACCUGGAGGAAGAAUACUGUAGUGAGGAGGACGAGGAGGAGGACAGUUCAGAGAAUAAUGACUCUGAUAGCCACCUGGUAUCAGGCUACAUGAGAAGAUGAUGAACUUCAUUCCGUACUGCACUUCCUUUCACUUACUUUUACAAAACAACAUUAUAUAUACAGUGAUCCCUCAACUUACAAUGGCCUCAACAUACAAUAGUUUCAACAUACAAUGGUCUUUUCUGGACCAUUGUAAGUUGAAAGCAGACUCAACAUACAAUGUACAGACAGUCCAGAUCUGUGAAACUUGUCAAUAGUCGGAAGAACUGACCAAUCAGAAUGGGCAAUUUACUGGUAAAACACCUGUAUUACUGAAGUGCAUGCACUGACUGGCUGUCUGAUAGCGCCCCCUACAGUACAGGGAGGUAUUACAUGUUCUGUACUACUCUUUACCUGUAUCAGGGUUAGCUGCUCCUUUGGACACCAGCUAAGGGCGACUCCAUGUUACUUUUUUAGGACUCUGUGUACUGUACAGGAUCCUGAAGAAGAUCCUGUCCUCUACAUAGACCAGUGUUUCCCAAGCACGGUGCCCCCAGCUGUUGCAAAACUACAACUCCCAGAAUGCCGGGAGUUGUAGUUUUGCAACAGCUGGAAGCUCCCUGCUUGGAAAACACUGACAUAGACAGUGAUUACAGCUCCCAGCAGAUCUUUAUUACUUUUAUAUAUAAGGAUUUGCUUUAUCUAUAUUAGUUAUCUACUUAUUUUUCUUUAAUUCUCACUUUUUCCUAUUUUUGGAUGACACUUUGGAUCUUUAGAACCAAUUACCAGAAUUCCAUAGAGUUCUUGUCUCAACAUACAAUGGUUUCAACAUACAAUGGUCAUCCCAGAACCAAUUAAUAUUGUAACUUGAGGGACCACUGUGUAUGUGUGUGUGUGUGUGUGUGUGUGUGUGUGUGUGUGUGUGUGUGUGUGUGUAUAAUAUAUAUAUUACCAUAACAUUAGAACCCUGUGUCCAAUUUUGGUUAGGACCACCAAAACAGGUCUGACCUGCCAAGUCUUGGGCUCCACAAGAUUUCUGAAGGUGUUCUUUGGUAUCGGGCAUUAAGACCUUAGUAAUUUAUGAGGUGACCAGGCGUCGGUUUGCUGCUUUUCCUUCCUCGGAGCACAUUUGUUAGGUACCGACCACUACAUACCAGAAACUUCAGAAGUCCAGUCGUAGCGUUUUUGGAGAUUCUCUGAUCCAGUUGUCUAGAAGUCACUAUUUGGGCCUUGUCGGAGUCUCUCAAACUCUUGUGCUUACCCGUUUAUUUUUUUUUUCUGCUUCCAAUGAGAAGUGACUGAUCACAUGCUACCUAAUAUAUCCCACCCCCUGAGGCACCAUUCUUUUCAGAUAAUCAAUGUCAUUCAUGUCACUUUUUACUGGUUUUAACCCCUAGAUGAUGCAGGGUGGACCUUGUGGUCUGGGACUUAACACACCAGGGCGUAACUGUACGCCCUGGAGCACUAAAAGACAUGAAGCAAAAGCUGCACUUGUUUUAUAGAGGUGAGUGAAGGCUACCAUCAGCAGUGGGACACUCACCGCUAAUGACGGCCAAAGGCAAUCCCACUGCUUUUCGUCAUUAACCCUUUAGAUUUGGUGAUCAAGGGCGAUCACGGUGUCUAAAGCAUUAAAUCCCACAUGCCUAUAGCUCAGGGAGUUCAUGGAACUCCCACAAGGUAAUCGUGGGGGUCCAAGGAGCUAUACUGGCAGCAGAUCGGCCCCAUACCUGUCGCUGGAUCGCCGAUCCAAUGAUGCAUCCUGUAGUGCCAAUCAGACUGUAUAAGCAUAGCAUUGUAUAGUGAAUGCAAUUUAAUGAUUAUAUGUAAAUGUCCCCUAUGGGAACUUAAAAAGUGUAAAAUAAAUUAAAAAAACAUCUAAAAUUAUAUAAAUUAUGUAACAGCUCCUCCCUUCAUAAAAAAAAAAUCACUCUUCUUUUCCCAUUUUACAUAAUUAACAUAUUUGUUAUCACCACGUGCGUAAUUUUCCAAACUAUUAAAAUAUAAUUUUUAAGAUCCCUGAUGGUAAAUGUAACAAAAUACCAGAGGCCAUACAAAUACGGAUUUUUGGUCACAUCAUGUAUCAGAAGAAAAUUAAUAAAAAAGUAAUCAAAAAGUCCCAUCCAAACAAAAAUGGUGCUGACUGGUAAAAACUACAGAUCACAGUGCAAAAAGUGACCCUCACACAUCACCCUAUACGGAAAAAGACAGUUUUAGGCAUACUUAUUUUGUUAAAUCUUUUUUUCUAAGUAGAACAAUAAUAGGAAAACUAUAUAAACUGGGUAUCGUUUUAUUUGCACUGACCCACAGAAUACAGUAACCCCUCGACCUACGAUGGCCCCGACAUAUGAUAAAAUCGACAUACGAUGGCCUCUCAGAGGCCAUCGCAUGUCGAUGUCAGCAUCGACAUACGAUGCUUUUAUAUGUCGGGGCCAUCGCAUUAACUGCUAUCCGACAGCGCAAAAUGCUUAAGCUGCUGCCGGAUAGCAGUGUAAUGUGCCCCAGCAGGUUCACUUACCUAUCCCCGCUGCUCCGGGUCCACUUCGCGAUCCUCCGGUGUCUUGCGCAUCUUCUCCAGGGUCCGGACCUUGCUUUCCGGCGUUGUUAUUACGUCACUACGCACGCCGCGCUGGCGCAGCAGCGUAAUGACGUCACCAGAAAGCGAGGCCCGGACCCUGCAGAAGAUGCGCAAGACACCGGAGGAUCGCGAAGAAGACACCGGAGCAGCGGGACAGCAUCGGGAGCCCCUGGAACAGCAGCGGGAGCGGUGAGGACCUGGUCCGGAGCGGCGGGGACAGGUGAGUACAGCUUCCUAUACUUUACAUUGCACGGAUCCCUCAACAUACGAUAGAUUCGACAAACGAUGGGUCGUUUGGAACGAAUUACCAUCGUAUGUUGAGGGACCACUGUAGAGAGAACAUGCCAGAUUUACUGUAAAGUGCACUGUGUAAAAAAAAAAAAAAAACACUUAAAAGUUGCAAAACAAAAAGGCAAAAAUGUCCCGAAUGCCAAAAUGGGCUGUGUCCUUAAGGGGUUAAUGUUAUGGCUGAUUGUUGUUUACACAUUAUACACAACAAACCAGUAUAGAACCACUUUUUUUAUGUCUAGGAUCAUGUUUGUAAUAUAUUGUAUGUUUUACCUUUGUUUCCUUUUAUCAUGCAAUUUUAUUUACAAAACUUCAAAAAUGGAAGAAAUAAGGUUAAAAAGUAAGGAUCAAGCCAUCGUGACUGUUAUCUUGUAUCUUAUGAGUUUUGUAUGAACUCAGAACCUUAAGCAUUAAAGAGAUUUUCAUUUUAUAAAAAAAAAAAAAAACACAUAAAAGACAUAAAAUUGUAAGCUAAUGAAGUUGCAAAGUUUUCAUU